AUGCCAUUUCCGAACGUCCGCUGCCAACAACGGUUCCAGCCGGAGCAGCAGCAGCGCCAGCACGGUCCCAGGGGAGCCCCACCCGAGGGAGCGAUCCCGCCUCCCCUCGGGCUCCAUGUGCCGGCAUGCCGGAAGGAGAGGGCUGACAGCCGGGCGUGCAGCCGCCUCUCCCGCCGAAGAGGAUAUGGUAGAACUGGAAAAGUUUUGGAGAAGGAUGACGAGGACAGUGGAUGGCAGAGAAGGGCUUUCAUGCCAGUGACAGUAGAACUUCAAACAAUGAGUCAGGCUGGUGAAGAAAGUUCCAGUUCCAGUGACACAGAAUUGGAAAUCGAGAAGGGGCAACCUAUCUGUGCUCUAGCUCCAACAGUUUAUAGCCAAGAUGAGGGAUCCACUGAUGUAACAGCAAGUCCUGCAUUUCAGUGUUUAGAGGAGCUAUUUACUGCUGGAAAAAUCACAGGCACCAGAGUAGCUGAGCUGAAGGGAAAGUACACCCUGCUGCAUAAGACUGUGAUAAGUUUACAGGAAUCUGAGAUCCAGCUGUUGCAGGAAGCCAAACGUCUUAGUGUAGAACUGGAACAACAACAACAUGAAUUGGAAAAAGCAGAACAGUUCCCUGAAGAGUCCUCCAGUGAAGUUUCUCGAAUAAGGCAACAACUUCUUAGUUGCCAAAAUGAAUACAAUGUUAUUAAAGAAAGAGAGUAUGAAAUUCAGUUCAAGAUGGAAUGUUUGCAAGAAGAAAAAAGGCUUCUGGAAAAUGAAUAUGAAAGAAUUCCAAAACAAAGGGAAGCAGAUAAGAAAAUUAAACAGUUGAAAGAAAAUUGUGAUGAGCUCUGCAAAGAACUAAUCCAAAGGAAAGCAGAAAUUAAUGCAAUAAAGGAAGAUGUUUCAUCCAAGCAAAAGCUGAUGUUAAUAGAUAAGAAAGAAAUUGAAAAACUUCUGGAGAAGCAGGCUAAUUUAAAAGAUGAGCUAGUUAAGAUCCUUGGUGUUCCAGCACAACUUGGAAAAGAAACUGAGAAGGUGAAUCGGAAAAAAAUUGAUGCAGAGAAGAAGAAAGAAGCCCUUAAUAACCAAAUAAAAGAGUUGAACGGUACCCUGAAAGCCAUCGAAAAAAGGACUGAAGAGAUUUUGCAAGAAAGAGAAGACAUAAUGAAGGAAUUGGAUGGGAAGCAAAUUUUGCUAGAAAGCAAAGAACGAGAAUGCAUUACUUUGACAAAAUUACUAGAAAUUAGCAGAGAGAAGGAAUCAGCAGUCCUAUCAGACAGAGAAGCUCUGGAAGAUAAUUUAAUUAAAUGUGUCUUGGAGAAAAAAAAGCAACAUGAUAUUCUCAUUCACAAGCAAACACAGAAAGAUAGACAACUGAGAAAUUUAAAAAAGAUGGAGUUACAGCUGAAUAUGAUUUAUGAUUCCUUGGAACAAGAUAAGUCACAGCAUAACAGACUCAAAUUAGAGGCAGAAGCCAUCCCUAAAAGUAAUGGAGUAUUAUUAAACAGGCGACGAGAACUGCAGAAGGAAAUUGAAAUGACCAAGAGAAGUUUAGCUGAACAGGAAAUGAUGUCAGGUAUGGAUGGCCACAUGUUAGAGGAAUGUAUUGCUGAAGAAGGCCGGCUUUUCAAAGAGCAGGAAAAAUGCAGAGAUGAGUUAUCCAGACUUGCACAUCUGACUUGGCUCAAAGCUGAAGAGAGGGAACAGAAAUCUAGGGAUGUGCAGAAAACCCAGAUACAACUCCAAAAUAUUAUUAAAGAAAUAAAAAGAAAGGAUCUUGAAAUAAGAGAGUAUAAGAAGAGGAAAAGAGAAAUCCAAAAACAACUCCAAGGAUUUGCUAAAAUGUAUGAUGUUAUCCAAAAUGAAAGGAAUAAAUGUGUAAAUUUGGUGCACGCUGCUCAGCAGAAAGCAGGUGAAAUUAAAAACCGGGUGAAAUUGCUAGGAAAUGAAAUAGAAAAGUUAAGGAAUACUGUUAUAACCAAGGAAAGAAAAUUGCAGAAACAACAUCUGAAGAAUACAAAUAAUGUAGCAAUUACAGACAGUCUCAAAAGUGAUUAUUGCAAAAUUGUACAAAUCAUGCAUGAGAUGAAAGAAAAGAAAAAGCAACGGUGUCUGGAUCUUGAGAGGCUUGCCAAUACGGUCACCCGCAUUGAAGAGGAAAUUGUGCAGCUACGCAAAAAAUAUGAAAGGGCUAUUCAGCAACAAAAUGAGAGUGGUCUUCUGCUCAGAAAUCGAGAAGAAGAACUAUGCAUUUUAUAUGAAAAAAUAAACUUGCAAGAGAUGUUAUGUAGAAAUGGAGAUAUUGAGAUGCAAGUUAUGGAUGAAAAGAUCAGAUUUCUGAAGCUGAAGGUAGCUGAGAAAAAGAGACAGAUUAAAUUGUGGUUCAAAGCACUCCCGGUGAAGAAUGCCCUGGAUGCACAUCUGGUGGUACUUCAGAUACAGCAUUCCCAGUGCAAGGACAGGAUUAAAUGGAUGGAGGAAAUCUUUGCUGACCCCACGAAUGAGAGUAGAAAGCGAGACUUGGGAGGGAAGGACCCAUCUCCACCCGAGCUGCUAAAAAAGAUUGAGCAGUUAGAGGUAGAGCUGGUGCAGAAGGAGGAGAAGUUGCUGGAGACAGAUUUUCUCUACGAGCACGUUUCCCGGCUGACGGACAGAAUCCGUGCCACGGCAGAGAGCGGGAAGCAGGACACGCUGCUGUUAGCUAAAAGGACAAACGAACUGCAGAAGAAGAUAAAGGACAGAACCCAGAAGAUGAUGGCUCUUGUUGCAGAGCUAUCCAUGAAGCAAGCACUUGCCAUUAAACUCCAGCAGGAAGUGAGAGACAAAGAACAAUUUUUGAUGACUGUUUCAUCAAGGCUAGACCAAGGCCUUCCCCCUCCCAAAGAAACAGAAAAUGAAUGGUUGAAGAUACUACGCAAUGAGAAGAUGCAAAAAGAAGCAGCCGAAGCCAGAGCUAAACAUGCUGCAGAAGAGGAACAAGCUGCAGUGCCCGGCUGUGUCCACACGACAGCUGAACACCCCCCAACCGCCUACAUCCCAGAUGAUGAAUACAGCCUCCCACUGCCCCGGCCCUACGGCGCUCUGGCUCCUUUCAAACCAAGUGAACCUGGUUCAAAUAUGAGACAUUUCAGAAAACCUAUUGUAAAGCCAAUUGAAAUCUGA